GUUGCCCGCGCGGACUUGCUCGCCAGCGAAGCUUCCGCUUAAAGUAUGCGCGUGAAAGGGGCGCGCGGCGGAGGCACUGACGACAACUGCUCCGACCAUGCAAUGGCGGUCGCUGGUGUUGGCGCUGCUGGCGCUGCGGCUGGCCGGGCACGCGCUCCUCUGGCUGGCCGGGCCCAGCGUGGGCUUCUACCAGCAGCGCCUGCGGGCCUUCGUCUGCAGCCCCGCCGCCGCCGCCCAGGAAGCCGCUUCGAACCGGCGCUGCUUCCCAGACGGCUUGGCGGCUCCGCACUGGGCCUCUUUUCUGGGCAGGGCCUGGGGUGGCAGUGGUAGCGGCGGCUCCUCCGCGGACAGGGAUGGGAGCCUCGUCUGGAGCGGAGGGGGCGACGGCGGCGAAGACGACGAAUACGAGCAGCGCUACAGCCGCGCCUUCCCUCUGCAGCUCCGCGGCCAGCUCCGCGACGCCGCCAGGAGCAUGUUCGCCUUCGGCUAUGACAACUACAUGGCGCACGCCUUCCCUCAGGACGAGCUCAACCCCAUCGACUGCCGCGGGCGGGGGCCGGACCGAGACGACCCUUCUAAUCUGAAUAUCAAUGAUGUCCUGGGAAACUACUCGCUUACUCUGAUUGAUGCAUUGGAUACCCUAGCAGUGAUGGGAAAUUCUUCAGAGUUCCGAAAAGCUGUGAAAUUAGUGAUAGAAACAGUUUCGUUUGACACAGAUUCAACUGUGCAGGUCUUUGAAGCAACAAUCAGGGUUUUGGGAAGUUUACUUUCAGCACACAUCAUAAUAACAGAUGCCAAACAGCCUUUUGGUGAUAUGACUAUAAAAGGCUAUGAUAAUGAGCUGUUACAUAUGGCACAUGACCUAGCAGUAAGGCUUUUACCUGCUUUUGAGAACACCAAAACUGGAAUUCCUUAUCCUCGGGUAAAUUUAAGAACAGGAGUUCCUUCUGACAGCAAUAACGAGACUUGCACUGCGGGAGCUGGCUCUUUGUUGGUGGAAUUUGGAAUUCUUAGCCGGCUUCUUGGUGAUUCUACUUUUGAAUGGGUAGCCCGUCGAGCUGUGAAAGCACUCUGGAAUCUAAGGAGCAAUGACACUGGAUUGUUAGGCAAUGUUGUGAAUAUUCAAACUGGCCAUUGGGUUGGUAAGCAGAGUGGCUUGGGAGCAGGAUUAGACUCCUUCUAUGAAUAUCUUUUAAAGUCAUACAUCCUCUUUGGAGAAAAGGAAGAUCUAGAGAUGUUCAGUGCUGCUUAUCGGAGUAUUCAGAACUACUUAAGGCGAGGAAGAGAAGCCUGUAAUGAGGGCGAAGGGGACCCACCUCUCUAUGUUAACGUAAACAUGUUCAGUGGGCAGUUGAUGAACACCUGGAUUGAUUCUCUUCAGGCUUUUUUCCCUGGACUUCAGGUUUUAAUAGGUGAUGUGGAAGAUGCUAUUUGCCUCCAUGCAUUUUAUUACGCCAUAUGGAAACGGUAUGGAGCUCUUCCAGAGAGGUACAACUGGCAGUUACAGGCACCAGAUGUCCUUUUUUAUCCACUAAGGCCAGAGUUAGUGGAAUCUACUUACCUUCUUUAUCAGGCCACAAAGAAUCCUUUUUAUCUUCACGUAGGAAUGGAUAUUCUUCAGAGCCUAGAGAAAUACACAAAGGCAAAAUGUGGCUAUGCUACCCUGCACCAUGUCAUAGAGAAGUCCAAAGAAGAUCGGAUGGAGAGUUUUUUUCUUAGCGAGACAUGUAAAUACUUGUAUUUGUUGUUCGAUGAAGAAAAUCCUGUGCACAAAUCAGGAAAUAGAUUCAUGUUUACAACAGAAGGGCACAUUGUGUCACUGGAUAAACGUCUGCGUGUUUCAUUAUGGCAAGAUACCUUCCCUGAAGAGGAGAAGAAAGCUGAAAAGAUCAAGCGUAAUGAAAUCAGAGCAAACAAUUCUAUUUCUAAUUGCAACAGAGUACCAGAUGAGAGGAGAUACCUGCUGCCAUUAAAGAGUGUUUAUAUGAGACAGAUUGAUCAGAUGGUGGGCUUGAUCUGAACAUUGUUCAUGUGGAGUAAUACUGAAGAUCGCAAGACCACAUCUGAAGCAGCUUGUUCCUCUUGAACUGUGCAGCUCAUAACGGGCAUAAGGGCUCAAGUAGUCACUGAAGGAUGACUUCAUGAAGGAUUUAGGUUUAUGUUGGAAAGAUGUCUGCUGUCGAGUACAUUUGUCCCAUUUGCAGUACAGCAAAAAGAGGCACAUAACAAAUGAAGUUCCCAUGAAACUUCAGGUUUUUUUAUUGUUGAUGAAGACUCCUUAAAGAUGGCUUGGAGUAAAGAACAACAAGAAGGCUGCGCCAGAAAUGCUGUCUUGCAACCACAUUUUUAUUUGUAUUCUAGGCGGGUACAGUUGGAGGAAACUUAAAAAUUUAAAUAUAUUGGGGUGGGAAACAAGGGAGUGUGCAAUCUUCUCUCACCAUGCUUAAUUAGAUAAUUUUCAUUAGCAAUAAACAAUGCUAAUUAUUGCUCAGGUAGAAGGGAUAUCCAUAGGUUCUGGUUUACUGAAGAUGUCUUGUUGCUGAUAUGGCAUUAUUGCAAUGUGAUGUGGUAAUACCAACAGAAAUAUUACAUCACCGUGUUCAGGACUAACAUCUAGGCUGAUGUUGAAAACAGUGUUCUUAAUUUGAAUUGCACAUUCAGGGGUGUAUGGCGUUUACUAGCUUCUGAAACCAGUAAUAAAAAAAAACAAAACAAGGUGCCUUCUAGUAGGUGAAAAUGCACAAAGCCACUCGAAUCUCUUGCUUAUCUUACCAUCUUGCAUUGCUUGUUUGAAGAGUCCUUCACAAUGUUCUUCAUAUUCACACCCCCUUCUUUGUGCCUCUCGAGGAAAUCUACCUUAAUUAAUGCAUAAUCUGAAAUUUACAUUCCUUGUAAUAAUAUGCAAGCUUUUGGAGCUAGUGCCUUCUUAAUGUGUUACUCAGAAGAAAACUAAGAGGUUUAGCUCUUAAUUACCAAAAUAAAUUGUUUUUGGAGUAAUUUCUGCUGGGAUAAUAUCAACUCUUAACAUCCCAAAGUAGUAUUUGAGGAUUGUACUUGCUAUCUUCCAUAUGUAUAAAUCGAGUAUUUACCAAUGAAUGAUUCCCCUUCUCUGUAGGAAGUAUUCUUGUAGCAGAGCAGGUGGACAGUUGGUCUUCCGAGAUGUUUUGGUUCUUUGAUUUCUUUUGAAAUUCUGAUACAAGAAUGAUCCAUCAUCUUCUAAGGGUGCAUCAGCGAAGCCCCUUGAAUUAAAAACCAAAAAGGCUGUAGCUUGUGGCCUUACUUAUUACUAUCCAAGUCAAACAUCCCUUUUCCCUGUCCCAGUUUUUAUCCCCUAGUGACUAGAAGGAUGGAAAGUAGUGUCUGCUAUCUUUCAUUAAAACACAGAAUACAAUUUAAGCAUGUCCAAAGAGUAUCUUAAAAUUUUUGAAGAAUCAGGCUUUUCAAGAGAUUUUUUGAGUAAUUUGAAACAUGGUUUUUAGUACUUUAAUCAAGGAGGAAUCCAGAUUUAAAUUUGUGUUUUCCUCUUUGAGGAAAACAAUAUGGAACUUAGAUCAAAUUCCAAACUGCAAUGUGUAAAUAUCAGUUUUACUACAUAAUCUGGCCCAUUUCUUCAUGGAACAUGUACUGCUUAUAUUGCAUGUAAACUGUAUGAUGCUUAGCACAGAAAUAAUUAGGGCUUGCUUAAUCUCUAUGGCAAACAAGUGAAUCUCAGGGAUCUUAAAGUAGACUUCUGUUUGCGAUGAAUAUUUUGGUUUUAAUCAUCUAACUUUUUAUUUUACAGCAUUGCUGGGGGUUUUUUAAGGGAAAUUUGAAAGAUCAACCAAAUACGAAUCCUUUGAAGUAUAAAAUCCUUUGAGCCCAUGCUUUCAUUAUCCUCCAAAAUCAGCCCUAGGCUUAACUAGUUUGGAAACCAGACAGCUGUUUCAGCACGUUAUGCCUCAAAGGUGUGAGGGGAAAGCUGGUCAUAGACCUGAAUGGGCUGCUGACAAGCAAUUCAGGGUAGGCUUGCUUACUAGUCUGGAAAGCUGAAGAUAGAAUGCCUGGCAAAAAAAGGGGUAUUGGGAGCAGGGUGCUGUAAAGCAAAGGAGCUGACUACUUGAAGGCGAUGGCUUGAGUUUUCUUACAGGGCAAUGUGAAGGGAAAAAAACACAGGCCAGGAUCCGGAGUGCUGUUUAUGGCUGUGCAAAUAGGUUCGCAGUGUUACUGUAUGUUUUUUUGGUUUUUUUUUAAACCCUGCUGCCUCAUCUAUCACGGAGCUAAGUACUUUCUGAAAUCCUCAGUUUCAAAAGCAGUUUGGCCUGUGGAGUGGGGAGAUGAAAUGUACCUUCAGUUUCCUUGGGCUCGAUGUAAGUUUUGUGGUUCUUUGGGUCCUGGCCAUAAGCUUCAAGCCCUCAAAGGGAAGCAAAAUACAAACAAAAUUCAGUUUACCACUGUUGUAAUCCAUGUUGUCAGCAAUGUAUUGCUGUCUUCAGUUGUGUAGUGGAUCCUACCAGAUGUUAAAUAUUUCCAUCACAUCCACAUUAGUGUUUAAGUGUUAAAACCCCUAUUUAAGUUAGGUUGCAUGUCAUGCUACAUUGCUUAUUCAAGAUUGUGCUUGCUGAAAGAGUGAGUGUCCACACAGUGAUUUGCACUUUGGUUUGGUUUGCCAAGUAAUAUAUCUGAGAUGCUAAUUUUUCAAAGGAGCUGAAGAGCUUUUGUUAGUCACACUAUUGGGAGUUCUAAAUUCUAACUUUUAAGGGAACCCUUAGAACUGACAUGCUUCUGUUAGAAG